UGCGUGGUCGACCUCGCAGUGCGGCCACGCCCCCACGCCGGCACCGCCCGGGGUCCUUCCGUACGCAUUGAUAUGAUUGGCCGGCGAAGAGUGGCUCUCUUUUCCUCCUUGGCUGCUUGAAGGCCUUCUGCCAUCAUGAAUGACACAGUAACUAUCCGGACCAGGAAGUUCAUGACCAAUAGGCUACUUCAACGGAAACAAAUGGUCAUCGAUGUUCUUCAUCCUGGAAAGGCAACAGUACCUAAGACAGAAAUUCGGGAAAAACUAGCCAAAAUGUACAAGACCACACCAGAUGUCAUUUUUGUAUUUGGAUUCCGAACCCAUUUUGGUGGUGGCAAGACAACCGGCUUUGGCAUGAUUUAUGAUUCCUUGGACUAUGCAAAGAAAAAUGAACCCAAACAUAGACUUGCAAGACAUGGCCUUUAUGAGAAGAAAAAGACCUCAAGAAAACAGCGAAAGGAACGCAAGAACAGGAUGAAGAAAGUUAGAGGGACUGCAAAGGCCAAUGUUGGUGCUGGCAAAAAGAAGGAGUAAAGAUUCGUCAGUGACUCUGGUGAUCAGAUUCUUCAUGAGAGGAUUAAUAAACUAAUAACUUUUAUGUG